CGCAUAAGCAACGUCUUGCCAACACACACACAUACAUAAGAUGUUGGAUGAUGAUAAUAAUGAUUUGCUGGCUGCAGCUUCCGAAAUACAACGCAAUCGUUUGUAUUUUGUCACAUUCAAGAAGAAUAUCAAACCACAGAGCACACCCAACACACACUACUUCAGCAUAGAUGAAGAAUAUAUUUAUGAGAAUUUUUACAAUGAUUUUGGACCACUCAAUAUUUGCAUGCUAUAUAGAUACUGCCAAAAAUUAAAUUCCAAAUUGACCGCAAAAUGUCAUGCCAACAAGAAAAUCAUACACUACACAACGCUCAAUGCGGCGAAGCGUCUAAAUGCCGCCUAUUUGAUUGGCUCAUACUCGAUCAUCUACCUAAACAAAUUACCGAUGGAUGCCUAUCGGCCGCUAGUCGCUGGCGAUAUACCCGCCUACACACGUUUCUGUGAUGCCUCUUUUGGGCCAAGUGGUUAUAAGAUUUCGCUAAUUGAUUGCUUGAAUGCUGUUUACAAGUCGCUGAAAGCUGGCUUCUUCAGCUUUGACGAUUUCGAUGCGGAGGAAUAUGAAUAUUUCGAACGUGUUGAGAAUGGCGAUUUCAAUUGGAUUGUGCCGCAAAAGUUUAUUGCCUUUUGUGGUCCGCAUCAGAAGUCGAAAACACUGCCGAACGGUUAUCCAUGUCAUUCGCCCGAACGUUAUUUUGAAUAUUUCCAUGAGAACAAUGUAACCACUGUGAUACGUUUGAAUGCGAAGGUUUAUCAUGCGUCGAGCUUCGAAAAUGCCGGAUUCGAUCAUAAGGAUCUGUUCUUCAUCGAUGGCAGCACGCCGAGUGAUUUGAUAUUGAAGAAAUUCCUCACCAUAUGCGAGAAUACGAAGGGUGCCAUAGCUGUGCAUUGCAAAGCUGGUCUUGGUCGCACUGGCAGCCUUAUCGGCGCCUACAUUAUGAAGCAUUAUAACUUUACAGCGCUGGAAGCUAUCGCCUGGUUACGACUGUGUCGGCCAGGCUCAGUUAUUGGCCACCAACAACAAUGGAUGGAAGACAAACAAGCAUGGCUCUGGGCCGAAGGUGAGCGCAUGCGCAAACGUUCUGGUGCGCAGUGUCCCAUACACAAGUAUGGCAUUUACAGCAUUGCGCUGAAACAAGUCCUGUCGACCGGUGGUGUGCCGCAGUUGACACAAACCAAAGAAAAUUGCGUCAAAGGUAUAUCACAAAAGGUGGAUACAAUGCACCUGCACGAUAGCGAAGAGAUAUCCGCCAAUGGCAACGUCAAAACGGGUGUAACAACGCGUGCACGUUCACCAAUUACCGCCAACACCGUUACGAACAAUACAACAACGACCAUGCCAACGCUCACGACCCAUAAUCGCCGUUCCAAGGAUAAGGCCAAAGCCGAUAGUCGCAAUGCGAAUGUGAGCAGCGUCAGUGAUGAAGAUACCACUAUCACGGAGGAGAAUGGCGAUGAUGAAGACACUACAGAUAAUUCCAAUGCCACUUAUAUAGCAUCAACGAGGCGACGCAAAUCACCAACAAUACAUGUUGGCACCACCCUAGCCUCCGCGGCAGCGGUAAAUUCGCUGGUAGACAGUAUAAAACCGCCAACGCCACCGGUACGGCGCACACCACCCAUCGCUGUAAGCGAAGCUGUUACGCGUGUGUCACCCGCUGGCGGCGCUGAGCCGCUCUAUGCCGAAAAGAAACUGAAGAAACCCUGCAUUGGUUUGGAGGCAGCGCAGCGUCCGACAAUCGCAUCGACGGUGAAAAUGACACAAGCCGCAAUUGAUAAGCAAAACUCACAGACGCAAGGCGAUAAAUUAAAUCAAAUCAAAGCAUUACGUCGUCAACAUCAGCAACAAACACACCAGCCUACAACAGUGCAACAGCUGUCACAGCAGGCGCCACCAACGAUAUUACAACAACAGUUGACAACGCAGCAUAAUUCACGUGGCAACAACACCAACGCCAAUGCAUACUCCGUUGAUUUGGAACGCCAUAUGCGCGCCCGUUCACAGCCCUUCCGCAACAAUAUUACCAACAUAAUGUCGAGUGCACAUGGAACUGCUGGGACGGGAGAAAUGGCGCUGCCACAUGCAUUGCGACAGGCAGAUUGUCAAAGUAUGGCCGCUGCAACGGCAGCAGCGGCGUCGGCAGCAGCUACAGCGGCAGCGGUGGCGCAUGAGGCAAUGCUGGCAGCAACGGCGGCAUUGAACAACAAAAAUCUUUACAAUUGUAAUAAUCGAUUUGUAUUUAAUACACACACAAACACUAACAACCACAACUACAAUAAUAACACUAACCACAACCAUUAUAAUAACACACGCACUAAUAAUAACCUCAUUAACCUUCUAACAACAGCAACACACACGACAACGGUAACAACCGGAACUGGUGCACCGGGCACACGUGGUGAAGGUGGCACUGCUCUAACGACCACAACAGCAACGUCGGCAGCUGCGGCAGCGACACUACCCGGUGGCGGUGGCAGCGUGACGACGCGUGCGCGCAGUCUGGCCAUUUAUAGCAAGAGAAUGGGUUUUAUGCACUUACGCAAAGCGGAAACACAACAACUGCAACAACAACAGCAACAGCUGAACAAUAACAAUAGCAACAGCGCAAUUGGAAAUGUGGCAACAGGCAACAACACAACGGCGACGACUAGCAGCGGCUGUGCGCUGCCGCAUCAUCAUCACCACCACCAUCAUCACGAUGUCACCGCGCCUACGCUGAGCAGUCUCAAUAAGCAAACGAAAACGUACAACAACACUUUGAUUAGUUCGACAUUGAAUGUCGCCACAGCAGGCAUGAAUGAGAGCAAGAUACCGGUGGUGCGCGCAAACGCGGCACUUAUCGAUGUGAGUGGCGCGCCGACGACAACGUCAGCCAGCAGUAGCGGCAGCGGUAUAGGCUCAUGCGCUACAAUACCACCAACACGUGGCGGCGCCUCACGCGCGCCACAUCAUCACAUGACAUUGCGUGGGCGCUCGCGUAUACGUUAUAAUCGCGCGGGCGCUGCCGCGGUUGGCGCGACUGUGGAGCCCCCUUGCACAACUGUAACAGCGCGUUACUACCGCGACGCGUCCGCAAUACCGACAAUUUCGAGCGCUACGACUACGGCGGCUUCCACGCCAUUAGACGCUGGCGGCGGCGGCGGUGGUGGCACUGGUUGUAGUGGUGGUGGUGGUGGUGUCGGUGGCGCGCGUUCCGUUUCGGCAACGCUUGAUCUAAAUUCGAAUCCAUUGCAGGGCGGCGAUGCGAGCGGCGUCAGUGCCUUUGCGCACAAUAAAGUGACACAGUCGACUUCGCUACCAAAAUCGCAUAUUUAUUAUCAGCGACAUCACCAUCAUCAUAGUCAUGGCAGUAAUGCCAAUAAGCAUAAUAUCAACUAUAUUAAUAAUAAUAAUAGCAACAACAACAACAAUAAUAAUAAUAAUAACAAUAUUAAUGUACAAAUAAAUGAAAAUUUGCGUUCCACACCGCCUCUAGAUACAAACCGGCUGAGUAGCAACAACAAUUGCGGCGCUGGCAGCGGACGCGGCGGCAGUUACGAUGCGAUCAACACAUCACCAGCCGCCGCCAACUCAACAACAACAGCUGCUGCGCGCGCCUCACCCACUGGCAUCCCGACGGGCAUCACGAAACGCAACAAACGUUCGCUGAGCAGCACGCGCCUCGAAAAGGACAAAUGCGAUGAGUACAAUACGAAACUGCUGCGCAAAACAGCUGGCAGCAAUGGCAAUGCGACAAUGCAGAGUAACAGCAACAACACAUGCGCAAGUGGGAGCAAUAACGCCAACAACAACAAUAACAACAACCAGCUAAGUGGUUGCGCCGGCGGUGGCAGUGGUGCUGCUGGCGCUGAGUUAAGUGCUGGUGGCAGCAACCGCACGGUGUCACAUGUUGGCGGCUAUCGCACGCGCAAUCACUUAACCAACGCAGCGCCGGCGCCAACGUCCGCCAACAACACCAUGCUCGAGUCAUCCACUGCUUCGUCGGCGUCGUCGACUUCCACAUCGGGCAUACCGACACCGACGGCGUCCAACACGGCGCAUGGCUUGUAUUUGCAGCGCGGCAGUGGCGCGCGCUAUGCUGCGGCGGCGGUGUUGGCGGUCGAGCGCGAGACAAAACUGAAGCUGCGCAAGAAAAUCAGUUACUGAGUGCGGCGCAGGUGCUUUUAGUUGUUACGUCAUUAUUUAAUUUAUUUAUGUAUAUAUAUAUAUAUAAAAAUAUUUAUAUAUAAAAAAAAUAUUUGUAAAAAAAAUUAUUUAUAAAAAAAAAUAUUUAUAUAAAAAUUGUAAUGUAAACGUACGUAAACAUAUACAUAUGCAUAUAAACUGUAGGUAAAUGCAUGCAACUAAAUAUGUGUGUGUGUGUAAAUGAUACCGCAAGCCAAGUGGUGGCUUAUUUAUAAUGAGCAAGCUAAGUUCAUAUUGUCUAAACGCAUCCUUUGUUAAAUAAUUUCAAAUAAUUUCUUAGACACUUUUAUGUUAACGCACAUAACUGUAUCACUAUGACUUGAUAAACGUGCUGCUAUGCGUUCGUGUCGACUUUUGUCGUUUUUGUAAAUUAUUUAGCACGAGAUCUCUGUAACUCACCACUGUUUAGGUGAGUUAACAGUUGAUGCCCCGAAAUAUAAGAGUAGUGUGUAGCUGGUCUGCAGAGCUACAAGAGGUUUCAUUCUCUCGAACUAGCUCUAUCUCGCCGUCACUUGAACAAUUGACACACAAUUUGGCGUUUGUUAUUGUUUCUUUUGAGCAGAAUCAAGAGAAAUUAAUGCACUCAAAGGAGGAGUAAAUGAGAAUUUUUCUUAAUGCAAUAAAAAAUAUGCAAUAUUUUAUGUAAUAAAUUUUACUCAUUUCCUUAUGCAUGUAUUUUUUUUAUUAAUAUAUUAUUAUUAAUUAAGAAAUCAAAAAUUUUAUUAAGUUGAAAAGCAAGAAGGUAUCAGUGAAUAUUUGCGAGAUCAUGUUAAAAUAUGUAGUUUUUUUCUGAAUUCGCUUAAAGGGGUAUUCUAGUCUAGAGGCAUGACUUUCAGGUAAUUUUUGAAGUGUUUUAAAAGAAGGCAAUUGAUAUUUUUACUAACCAAUUUUCUAUUAGUAUUUAUUAACAGUAAAAUAAUACAAGGAAAAAUCAAAAAAAUUAAAAAACAAUAAAAGAAAAAAUUAGCAGCUGAUAAAGUGAGAGGUCCCAUAAACUUGGCACGUGGCCAUACCUAAGAUUUCAACCCAGCAAACUGGCACAGAAAAAAUAUUAAUAUUGAAUAAUAUCGCAAUAAGAGUAUCUGAAAUUAUAAAAAAAUUUCAAUUUUUUAACGAAACGGCGACUGCCUGAACAAAAAAACAAUUUGCGUACAACUUCAAAAUUUUUCAAAAAUUCAAAUUUUCAAAAAAAUUUUAAAUUUUUUUUCAAAUUUUAAAUAUUUAAAUUUUCAAAAAUAUUUCGAAUAUUUCCAAAUUUAAAUUUUUAAAUUUUUUCGAAUUUUUCAAAAAUAGUAAAAAUUUAAAUUUGUGGUUAUGGCCAAUUCCAGAUAUAGACAAUUUCAUUAAAAAGACUCUCCAAAAAUUUCAGUUAAAUCGGUGCAAUCAUGGGUAUCUUUAAAGACAGUUCUGGGAAAAACGCAUUCCGCAAAGUCUUUUGUUCGUUUAUUUCCGGCCAAAACUGUUGGGACGCCGGGCCAGCAAAAUAGCAAAUCUCCGAUAACAAUUUGAAUUUUAAAAAAUCCUCUUGUAGCAUGUUCUUGUAUAAUUAAAAUUUGAAAAUAAAAAAAAAGUAUGUGUUUUUUAUUUCUAGACAAGAAUACCCUCUUAAUAACUGGGAGCUGCGAGAGUCAACAAUAACUUAGCAAGUUCUCAGUUUUAGGCAUUGUUAUGAAUAUUUUCAUAAAUAUUUUUAAACUAUUAUUUACAGUACAUUAAUGAAAUUUUGUAUUUAAGCAGAUAGUGUUUUAGGAGUCCUAAAGGAACUUCAGCAGUAGACAAUUUAUGCGAAAUUCGGUUUGAAACCUUCUAUUAUAAAUAUUUAUUAUUUAUAAGAAUAAAAUUAUUGUAAAAUGCGUAACGAUUUUAUUUUUAUUUAAAGAAAUUAAAUUUUAAAAAUGUUUGACUGACUAAAAAUUUAAUUUAUAAUAUUAAAACAUCACAUCAUGAGCGCAAUGAAUAUAUUUCGUAUUAAGAAUCAAAAGUAAUUUAAUUCAAUUGAAUUUAUGUUAUGAAGAAGUGCAAAUAAUUGUUGAUAUUUAAACUGAAUUCUUUUGCGGCUAUAAUCGCGUAAGCGAUGUCUAUGCCAAUAAAGAAGAAGAAGAUUCAAACUAAAUAAUGUGAGGUUAUGAAUUCUUAAAUAUUUGAAUAUUUUCUGAGUUUUUAAAAUUGUUAAUAGAGAUUGUUAUUGGUUUAUGAAACUGAAAUCAUUUAAAGUUGCAGCAUUUACUCAAAUUGUUGUUAUUGACAUUUAUAUGUACAUAGAAAUAGGUAUCUUAUAUUCAAAUGUUUCAUAAAUAAUAUUUUUUAAUAAAAAAAUAAACUCACAUACCAUAAUUUAGUAUAAAUAUGCAUGUUGAGAAUUUUCUAUCAUAAAAAUUUUAUUAAUUUUAUUUACGUUUUAAAAAAUCUGAAAAAUCGAGCCUUUAUUAUUACUCUAGAUAUUCUCAGCUUCCCAAACGAAGUUCUGAUCUGUCCAAUUGAAGGAUUUGGUUUUAUGUUUUAAAUGAAAGGAAGCAAAUCAAGGAGCACAAUUUUUAUGGACAAAAUCUUUGAAUUUAAAAGUUUUGGACUCGGAAUAAAUAGAGAGAUACUCGGAAAUCCUUCCACACCGCAUUUCAACACCCUCACUUAGGAGAAAGAAUAAUUUUGACGAUUUUCUCCUCAAAAACCGGCGAUUUGCAUCACAUUUUUAAUUUUUUAAAUUUCUGUGUAAAUCCAAAUUUAUUUUUUCUGUAAUAAAAAUAUGCCCCAAGCGAUUCUGCGAAUUUCUGCAUUUUUAUAUUUUCUCUACGACCAGUAGUUUAGAAGUUAUAAGCAUUUUUGUAUUCGGUGGCUGCUUGCUACAUGCUCCUGGUCGCCUGGUAGAAAUCUGAGAUUUUGGCACCAAAUUAAAUGCAAUUUUUCUGCAGCGGCGGCGGGAUGCACUACAAAUUUGCAGCAUACGCAAAGGGGCGAAAUUGGGAACACGGAUGCGGGCAUAUACAAUGCAUACGCAAAGGGGCCAAAAUUGGAACCCGGAAGCAGAGCAUAUCACGGACCGGAAACCGGAACAGGGUAUCGACCGGAAAUGGAAUAACGGUACCACACUUCCGGUCCGAAACCAAACCGGAAGUCGACAACCGGAAACGGAAGUGCGGGAUCUAACCGGAAACGGGUGCCACUUCCGGUUUCUAAUUUCCGGUGUGAAAAUCAGGCCGGAAAUACAAUACCGUUAUGCCAUUUCCGUGACCACUGAAUACCGUUAUUCUGCUUCCUUCCGUGCUUAUCCUGUCCACAACUUCCGGUUGGAACUACAUUUCCGGUCGAGAACUUCCGUUUCCGGUUGCCAACUUCCGGUUUGAUUUCGGACCGGAAGUGUGGUACCGUUAUUCCAUUUCCGGUCGAUACCCUGUUCCGGUUUCCGGUCCGUGAUAUGCCCCGCUUCCGGGUUCCAAUUUUGGCCCCUUUGCGUAUGCAACGCCCCACGCAAAUUUUUGGUGCAUCCCGCCGCCGCUGCAGAAAAAUUGCAUUUAAUUUGGUGCCAAAAUCUCAGAUUUCUACCAGGCGACCAGGAGCAUGUAGCAAGCAGCCACCGAAUACAAAAAUGCUUAUAACUUCUAAACUACUGGUCGUAGAGAAAAUAUAAAAAUGCAGAAAUUCGCAGAAUCGCAUGGGGCAUAUUUUUAUUACAGAAAAAAUAAAUUUGGAUUUACACAGAAAUUUAAAAAAUUAAAAAUGUGAUGCAAAUCGCCGGUUUUUGAGGAGAAAUCGUCAAAAUUAUUCUUUCUCCUAAGUGAGGGUGUUGAAAUGCGGUGUGGAAGGAUUUCCGAGUAUCUCUCUAUUUAUUCCGAGUCCAAAACUUUAAAAUUUGAACAUUUUGUCCAUAAACGAUUAGUUUCUGAUGAUAAUAUCCAACUUUUUGUUUGAUAAUUCUUUUUGAUAAUUAGGCAGUCCAGAUCUGAUGGGUUUAGAUGCCUUAAAUAUUUAUUGUCUUAUGUCAAAUUGUAUCGAAUAUGCACGGUCAUUAUACAUUAAAAAAAUAACAAUUGAUAUAUUUUAAUAAAUUAAAGAGCUUUUUUAAUUAGAAAAUUUAAAUAAUUUUUUAUUUGAUUAAAAAACAUAAAUAACUUUUUUUAUCAAAAAAUAUAAAUAAAAAAUAUUUUUAAGUUUAUUUAAAAAUAUGCAUACAUUUUUUUUAUUCAAAUAAAAAACGACAACCGCAAUAGUUGAGGGAAUAUUGCGCAAAACAAAAAAACAGACACUUGCAUGCGUACUGUUUGUAAAAAAAAUUAGUAUUUAGACUUGUGAAAAAUAAAUCUAAUAAUUAACUGAAAGUACCUAAUGUCUAGAAAAUAACUGAAACAAAAACAUUUACAUUUUGUAGUACUAAUUAUGUAAAUAUAAAAACAAAACAAAAAAAGUGAAAAUAUACACAAUAAAAAAUUAUUGUUUAAAUAAAAUAAAAUGAGAUCUUAGAAAUGUGCACAUGUGGCGAACAUGCUACAUUAAAAUACAUAAAUAUAUGUACUUACACAUAUAUGAACUUUUUACUAUAUUUGCAAUAUUUUGUAGUGCAAUCACAUUAUAUGUUAAAUUAAGCGAUAUACAUAUGUACAAACUCGCGUUAAAUAUAAAUUUUAUGUUCAACCCUUUUAUAUACAUACAUACAUAUAUACAGGCAUACAUGCCUAUCAUUCUGUGGAUAAUAAUCACCUGUGCAUUAUUAUCAUUACUAUUAUCAACAUAUAUACAUAUGUAUAACAUAUAAAUAUGUAUAUUCGAAGAAUUAUUAAGACCGUUUUUUGUAAACAGUUAUUAUACUUAUUGAGUAGGUCGAAAAAGUCUUUUCGUAUUUUGUCAAUAGAUGUCGUUGCAGUCGUAUAUCUCCAGUGCUACCAAUCACCAAAAAAGUUGAAGUUUGAUUAGAAAUACGAAAAGACUUUUUCGACUACCCAGUAUUAACUACAAUGAUUUUAAAUUAUUAUAUUAAAAUAGAAAUCAGUCAACAAACAUAUACAUACAUAUGUACAAGCUCAUACAUAAAAGUAACACCUGUGUUUAAUAUUCUAUUAUAAUAAAAAAUAAAUCAUUUCAUAACAAAAAAAAUAAAUAAAAUAAAUUAAAACUCAUUAGUGUAAGUAAGAAAAAAUUUACAUACAUACAUAGUGACAUGAGCACAUACAAUACAUAAAUACCUUAGCUCAUAUGCAUGCAUAUAGAAUUAAAGAUAAUACAUAUGUACAUUCAUAUAAAUUGCCUUAAAUUGUUGUACAAACUCACUAAUAACAUAUUAGUCAUAGAAAAGUGUAAGUAAACAAACGUUAAUACAUAGCAUAUAUAUAUACAUACAUACAUACAUACUGACAUGUAGUAAAUAUUGUAAAACAAUUUUCUUAUGUUUGUACAGUGUCGACAAAGUCAUACAAAAAUAAUGUUUAAACUUAUUAUUAUUAUUAUUUUCAAUACAUAUUUCUUCCUUUGCCAAUAUGUUGUAAAUUAAUUUCGACUGCCUUCAAUCAGCAAACUUUUAUUGUGCUCUACACCUUAAUGAAGUUUCAAAAAAUAAUAUUUUUUAAACGUAUUUUUAUUUAAAAUCCACAACUAUUUGCUUAUAAACCUUUCAUUUAACAUAAAAAACCAAUAUUUAUAGCAUAUAACCAAAAACUAACAAUUAAAUGUAUCGAGAUCCAGUGCAUAUAAAACUUGUAAGCGAAAAAACAAAAAAAAAAAAAACAAAAAUUAAAAUAUUAUGAAUAAAAAUUUAAAAAUACAUAUAA